AGAUUGAGUUUGGGACGAUUUGUUUUAUUCAGCAAACUUUUGUACUUUUUACUUUCCGUAGAAAAAUAAUUUCCAGAAGUAUAAUUGUUGACAUUGUUAUAGCGUGCUUGAAGCGCGCGCGAGAACUACGUUCUCUGUUGAUUUUUCGUCAACGCACUUGUGACUGAUGGAUGACUCCAAGUACAACGACUUUUCGCUAUCUAACACAAUGGAUAGCAUAGUGAAGCAGGAACCUGCCCAGGAGAUGAAUUCGGCGUCGGCAUCUGUGCCGAUACCGGGAGGACACAGAGGUACCACGCGAGGAACUUACGAUCAGUUCUCACCGUCCCCUCUAGCGGUAUCCUCAGGAUGGGAUAUGAGGGCCGAGCAAAUGGAAUAUCCUUUUAAAAUGGAUCCAGAUCAGAUGGACAUCUCGUUUAAGAUGGAUGAGGACGACAUAUUUCAGGUGGACAAAGCUGAACUUAUUCAAGGUCCAACUCUGGCCGAAUUGAAUGCCAAUGACGAUACCUUGCUGGGAGAUUUAAAUUUUGAUGAUUUGUUAUUACCCGAAGAAAGAGUACAGCCGAUAAAAAUGGAAUAUGCUGCUCCAUUAACUGGCUCUCUGUUUAGUAGUAGCAUAGGAUUUGCGCCCAGUAGUUUUCCUCAAUCUGGAGUAACACACCGUAGUUGUCCCACAUAUACAAAUACAUGUGGCUUUAAUUUAAAUAGAGGUUCAAAUAUUGUGGAUAAUGCUGAAGCUGUUAGUCCUACUGCGUUUCCUAGUCCAGGCACUAGUAACAUUGCAGGUAGUUCAACAGCAAGCUCAUCGACUUCACCACAUCCUGUAACUCGGCCCAUUGGCUCAUCUACUUUACACGAGCUACUUAUGAAAAGAGGUGAAAAUCCAUUUAAUCCAGUAUCUAAUCAGGCUGAUAAUAUCUCUACGAUAGGUGGUAAACCUAAAAUUUCGAGAUUGUCUAUGUCUGCACCAACGCAGACAAUGGGACAUUUGGAUCAUAUCUGGGCUCACAGGGAACCACGACAACAUCUCUUGAGUACCGGUAGUUUGGUGGAGGCAGGAUCGACGAGUAGUCUGAGUACUGGAGGUGCUCUUAGUCCAGAUCCACUAUGUAUUGAUCCUCUUAGCCACGAUGAAGGUUAUGAAGACAGUGAUGAUGAUAGUGAUCACUAUGAUGACUACAGCAGUGAUAAUGAUACAGGUGGAAGCGAUGGUGAGGAGCAAAGUAAUAACAGAGUAGGAACAGGAACUACAGAAUUGGGAAAGGAAAGGCAUAGUAAGAAAGAAAGAUUCUUCUGGCAAUAUAACGUUCAAGCUAAGGGACCAAAAGGACAACGAUUAAUUGCGCGAGCGCGUUUGGAAGAUCCACAUGUCUUGAAUGAAGCAACUGAUCCAGUAUUUAGUCCUCAUUGUGCUCUUAGAGGAAUUAAACAUAGUGGAAAGGCACGAAAAGGCGACGGAAAUGAUCUUACACCGAAUCCUCGCAAGCUCCAUAACAUCGGACGAGAACUAGAUAAAUUAAAUCGCAUUAUAAAUGAUAUGACACCUGUUUCAGAAUUACCUUUUCCGGCAAGACCGAAAACGCGUAAAGAAAAAAAUAAACUAGCUUCACGAGCAUGCCGUUUAAAGAAAAAGGCUCAACAUGAAGCAAAUAAGAUAAAGCUGCAUGGACUUGAAACAGAACACAGACGUCUUAUACAAGGUAUAUCACAAGCUAAACAUACACUUGCUGCUAAAUUAGCUGAAUCCAAUCCUGACACUCAAGAAGAACUUACACGACAAAUGGAAAAAUGUUGCAAGCUAGCUACCAAAAUGCGAAUAGCAAAUUAUUCAACAGAUUUUGUGAACAAAGUGUUGGAGAAUAUUAGAGCCGGUAUUCCUGAUGGUGGAAUCGAUAAUUUUUAAUAUUAUAGCGAAUCGUUUUCCUAUAAAUAUGAUGUCUACGCGUGUAUAUAUAUCUUUAGAAAAAUAUGCUAUGUCUAUACACACAUGUAGGAUAAUAUUGCUUUUUAUCUUUAAAGUUGCUGUUAAAUGCUUGACAAAGGAGAUUUACAGUUUAACUUAUUGGUUAACGUAUAAUUAACAUAUAUCUUGUAUACGUUAUUUCCAAAAAUGUUUACUGAUGUAAUAAGAAACGAAACCUUGAUAUACGUAUUGGUUUAUCUUUUAGACUUUCAAAUCGUUAAUUUUUUUUACAAAAGUAUCUGCGUUUUCACCUAUUGUAUAUAUUGGUCAAUCUGUAUAUAACAUUUUUCAUGCAUCACGUACGAUAGUUUCAAUAAUGUAUUUAUGCAAACAAAGGAUACGAUUUUUUUGACAAAUUAGCUGCAAAGAUAUCAUUUGAUUAAAAAAAGAACGAUUAUAUAUCCUGAUGAAAGUGCAAAGAAAAAAGUGCCGAAUGUCACUUAAUUAUAAUACAUUAAAGAGAGAUGAUAUCAUCAAUGUCCAUUAUCAAUCAACGUUGCAUACGUUGUGUGAUUCUAAAUUUAAUUUUUAAAUUACAGUGAAUGUGUAUCAUACACAGCAGAACUUUUGGCCCUAAUAAAAUUGAUAUGUAAAAUUUAAUUAUACUUAAUGAUAUUAAAAAAUAUUUAAAAUAUCGACGAUUUUUUUCCGAAUAAGUCUAAUCAAUUCCAUUUUUUACGCAAUUACUAAUCAAGGUUUCGGAAUUAUGAUGGCGGCUGAUGCAACAAUACUAAGAAUUGACAUUGAUGAUCUUUUUUUUAACGUUCAGACGAUGUAGUUUUAAUCAUAAUAGUAAAAGAUUUAGAAUGUGCAUUUAGAUGCACUUAGAAAUGAGCUUUGAAUUAUAUAGUUGUUUGCUGUUUGCUGACUCGAUCUACCUCAGAACGAAACGCUAUACCUACGUACAUAUAUAUUUGAAUUAUAUAAAGAUAAAAUAAUAAUGUAUGUGGAAAGAUUGUAAUCGUGGCGCGAGGUGGAAUAUCAUUGCUUUAGAAUUUUAGAGAAGAGAGAUAUAGCGAAGCAUAUAGCGAUGCAUCUCUUCUGUAGCGUCUACAUCUCUUUUAAACAAUCUCUUGAACGAUUGUUUAGAGCGAUUUUACGCCGCGAUUAGAAUUAUAAUUAUAUUUUGCUAAUCACUAAUAUACACAUACAUAUAUUUUAAAUAUGCAAGAUGUUAAUUCAUAUAUUCAUACUAAUAUUUUUUUAAUCGAUUUUUGUAUGUAAAGUUGCGCUGAAGAUCAUGUUGCGAAAGAAAAAAAAGUCCGUGUGGAUAUAUAGUCAUACGAUUACAUACAUAUAUAAAUGAUGUUGUAUAAUCCUUAUCAAAUCGUUAUGCAGUCUAAUUUAUUGUUAUGCGGGGUACCACCGUAGGUUUCAUUCGCUGUGUACGUAACGUCGGCAAAAAUUAAUAUGUGUAAUAUCAGUGUAGCACGAGACGUCACUUCGACGAUAUCACCAUAAUUACAAGUGUGCGGGAAAUGUUGCGUGUAAUAAAAAUAUUUCUUUCUUCUUUCAUGGUGUGCAAUACGCGCGUUUGUGCGAAAAACGCCACUUUAUUGUUUUUCGACGACGAUCCCGAUUUUACGAUAAUGUGCUUGUGUUCGUUCGCUCGCUCGCGCAUUCGUUGCCUCCGAUUGCGAUCCAUACGAUCUAUAUUCAUCGAGAAGUAAGGAUAAAUGCGCACAAUCCUUUGUUAUUGCGCGGGUCAAUGUAAGAUAUAAAAUUGCAAUUAGCGUGCGAAUGCAUUCCUGACGUUAAUCGUGCUAAUCGAGUUACGGCAAACGACCCGAGAAUAAAUUGAUCAGAAUAUGUAAUGAUGAUUGAAUUAUUUUUAUUCUAAUAAAAAAACACAUGCGAACGGCAA